AUGGAGUGGACAAUUGAACCUACUCUACAUUUCAGAUAAAAUUAUUCUCUUUCCAUAAAAGACAUUGAAUUCACUUAAAAACCUUUCAGCAUUAAAAAGUUGAAUGUUAUAUAAACAGCUACUAAAUUAGGCUACUAUUUACAAUAAACAUUUAGUUAUAUAGAUACUUUGAUUUAUUUAGUUGGAAUGAUGAAUGAUUAUGAGGAUUUGGGCUUCCUUAAUAGUUUAAAAACAAGAUAGUUAAAAAUUAAUGGAGUGCAACUUAUGGAUUAGAAAAACUAGCAAUUGUUUGAGAAAUUGUCUUCUUAAAAUAUCUCAGUUGAUUAACCUUCUUUUGAGGUUGUUAGUCUCUUAAAAUAAAAGUUCGAAAUGAAAAAUAUCGAAUACUUUGAUUCUAAAAUAAUCACUUCAGAUUUAGGAAGAGAAAAUGUAAAAUUGAAUCAAAUUAAAUUGCAAGAAAAAUACAAGUAUAUUCUAGAAAGACCAGAGAGAGAAAAAAUUAUUAUCUUCAAACCAUUCAAGGAAGAUAAGUUAGACAUUGACCUUGACCUAAAAAACUUGAACCCGAAGAUUAUCUAAGAAUUAAGCGCAUUGACAUUAUUCUAGGAGAAUAUUGACUAAAUAAUGGACAACAAAACUUUUGAUUAAAAUUAGUAGCUGCAAGCUUACAAGGAAGCACAUAUUCCAUUAUUCAAUAUUUUGAAGGACUUCAGAUAAUUGAAAUGUUUAGAACUGCCUAUAGAAUCAAGAAAUAAUCAAAUUACUGAAUGA